AGCGUUUUUGUUCUCGUAUAUUCCUUAUCAUGCUGGACAGUUCUAUCGCAUCCAACGCAAGUAAGAGUUCCACCAACAACGCUUCCACAGUUGCAAAAGAACCUUGUCCAGUGAAAGGAUCCGUGACCAACACCUACCACCCAAUUCCGCAGAACUGGCAUUCGCAAGGGCACUUACAUUUACUAUAAGGUCGAUCCACACAGCACAUGAACAGGUCUACAGCGGGUGUUCCGUCCGCAAUCGGGGAGCGCCAGAUGGAAACCAUGGAAAUCAUGGGGAGUCCCGUCGACGACGUGGAUGCCACCGAUAUGGACGAAGAGGAGUCGAUGCCAGAUGAUUUCGAAGCUCGUUAUCCUCUUUCGAGGCAUAUUGCCGGAUGGAGAUUCUGGUGGGCCUUUGCCAAGUACCCGUUGGCUCUACUCCUCAUCAACACGGUUGUGUUGCUUUUCCUGUCCCUGUACAAUCCAAAAAAUGACUACCAAGACACCUAUAACAAUGAUUGGGAGACGAGCUCGUUAAUGCUCAUGAUGACGAGGUUUCGUGUCAAAUGCGUAGGGGUGGUAGUGAUGGCAUUCUUGGAUAUCAUUUUCCUGUACUUGGCCGCCGCGUUUCUUCGGAAGGAUAUGCACUUGCUAGUGAGGGAGCAUCAAGCACAGGACUCGCAAGCACAAAGCGCCGAGACGCAGAGUCCGAUAUGGAGAACAGCGGCACCGCUCCCGCAAUUAGAUUUGAAGGUACUGGACCACGUGCACGCUCGAGUCGCGCAAAAGGUAGACGCGUAUCUUCAUCGCGAUCCAGCAUGGCAAUCAACGUUUCCCUUUUUGGUCAGCUUGUUGUACCUGCUUAUGGCACUCGCGGCGACGGCUUCUCUGACUUCGGUUUUGCUGCUGAUAUUUGUAAAUAGCGCGCAAGGAAUGUCUCUGUGUACAGCAAGGGACACCAAUGUCAUCAAAUUCAAUCAGACAGAUGGUGUCCCGGAAGAUUUGCUAGACUGGGCGAACGAAGGAUCCUCCGUUGAAGCAACAUACGUCCGUCUAUCCGAUGGGACUCUUUACUUCCGAGGGUCUGCAGCAUAUAUACAAGAACCUACAAUGCUUUCUGUUUACCAUGGUAUGAGGAUCAACGGGUUUCAUUCUAUAGAAUCUGACAGGGAUUCAAACCUAAGGCUGCUUGCGUCCAAGGCGGAUGGAAGUGUUUCCAUGUAUAGCCAUGUGAGCAGCCCUACGUUUUUUGCAAGUGUCUUGGAAGACAACAGUGGAACAUCAACUUCCUUCUGUUUCUUGUACAAGGAGGUGGUCCAGGAAGGCUACGAUAUAGAUACCUUCUUCUCUGUCCCCUACGCGAGUAGUGUCUUCUCUGUUGCUUGCAUUGACUCUAAAGAAGAUGCCAAUCAAGAAGUUCGGAACACUACUUUUUCCAGCAGCAACCAACAGGAACUGAGAUCAUGUUUGGGCAGAGCUUAUGAUGGUGAGUACUGGGUACGCCAGGAUGGAGUAGAUAGGCAUUUUUGGUCCAUCCAAGAAGUGCAAAUAGUACGAGUGAAUCCACAAACCAUGGUGGCUACAACAAUUGCCAAUAAAACCCAUUCCCGUGACUUUCGACCGGUGUGGUCCAGAGAAGGAAAAUGCAACCUUCGGAUCCAAGAAAUUGGAUAUAGUGCUGCUGCAGUAUUUCUGUUUAUUUUUGCUCUUGCAAUGGAACAAACUUUGAAAAUUCCAUCAAGUGCGGGUUGCUUGGCUAUGUCUAUCGUUGCAACUCUGACUUGGAUAGAUGAAACGUUGGCAGGCUUGCUAAGUCUCGUGCUGAUUAUUGCGACAGCUUUUUACUUGAUCAUGGGGUCACCCAGCUUAGUUGUCCGAGAGCAGAUGCUGUGGGGAAUGUACUGCGUUAUCAUCCUGCAACUGGUUUUCGAAUUUUACCCCGUGGUGGUUUUUGGCCUGGGUCUGGGCAUUGCUCGGGACCAUCCCGUACUUCAGCUGGGUGGCUGGAUUGGAGGACCAUUUGCUGUCUUUUUUCUUUUGUUCUACUCAAUCACUGAUUCCAUUGAUUGGUUGGAACUGGUGGCGUUUAUUCCAUUGAGUGUCCUUAUUGCUUGCGGGAUGGUGACGGCAGGGAAUCAACUCACAAGAUACCGCCCAUUUCUGCUGUUCUACCUGAGGCGUUUGUGGCGAUCGCUUUGCCUGAAAAUACGGCCGCAAAUUCGACAACAAAGCAGAAGCUGA